CUAAAACGUGUGUAAAAAGAAGGGACCUUCUGUAGUUCUUUAUGGACUAGAACGCAGGGAGUAAAAUGCAAGGACAAAGGAGUAUCAUUUGUAAUCAGUCUGUCAUCUUAUCCUUUUAAAUCCAGAGGAAGAAACAGUUCGAUACUUCGAUUCUAGAAUUGCAGAGGAAGAAACAUGGAGAAAAUACAGCACAGCCAGAUACAUGUAAACGGAAUCAAUAUGCAUGUUGCUGAAGUAGGCCAGGGGCCGGCUAUCCUAUUUCUCCACGGCUUCCCGGAGCUGUGGUACACGUGGCGCCACCAGAUGCUCGCCCUCUCCGCCAAGGGCUACCGCGCCAUAGCUCCCGACCUUCGCGGCUAUGGAGACACUGACGCGCCGUCUUCUGCUUCCAGCUACACCUUUCUCCACAUCAUCGGCGACCUAGUCGCUCUGCUUGAUUCGUUAAGUCUCGAGAAGGUCUUCCUUGUCGGUCAUGACUGGGGUGCCUAUAUGGCCUGGAAUUUCUGCUUGCUUCGUCCGGAUAGAAUCAAGGCACUAGUCAAUUUGAGCGUUGCUUUCAGUCCGAGGAACCCUACACGGAAACCGGUUGGAUCUAUGCGCUCGCUGUUUGGUGAGGAUUACUAUAUCUGCAGAUUUCAGGUACUUAAGGAAAAGUUGAAGACAACAAUUAUUGCUUUGUAUUAAUUUCCUACAGAUAUGGAUUCCAAAUUUAAGAGAUUCAGUUUCCUACUGAUAUGGGUUCCAAAUUAUUUGUAGGAACCUGGGGAAGCAGAAGAAGAAUUUGAUCGUGCUGGUGCUGAUAGAAUAAUUAACAAAUUCUUAACAUAUCGUAAUCCAGGUCUGCUUCGAGUCCCUAAAAGUAAAGGGUUUGGGGGCUCAGCUGAUCAACCAAUAAACAAGCCUUCCUGGAUGUCUGAAGAAGAUGUGAACUAUUACGUGAGCAAGUUCCGCCAAACAGGUUUCACUGGUGGAUUGAACUACUACAGAGCUAUUGAUAUAAAUUGGGAGCUGAUGGCACCAUGGACUGGUGUGCAGAUAAAGGUUCCAGUUAAAUUUAUGGUCGGAGAUCUUGACCUGACCUAUAACACUCCUGGUGUGAAGGACUACAUAAACAAUGGUGGGUUCAAAAGAGAUGUUCCAUUUCUGCAGGAGGUGGUUAUAAUGGAAGGGGUGGGACACUUCUGCAAUGAGGAAAAACCAGAAGAUAUUAAUCUGCACAUAUAUGAAUUCAUACAAAAGUUCGCCUAGCUAAAUGCUUUUGCAAAUGGCAUCUCUCUUCUUUGGCGUUUCCCAUUAUUGAAUAAGGACUACUCUUACACGAGUUGUGUCACAUGGCAAAUAAGUAUUACUCCCUCCAUCUCAAAUCUCAAAUUGAUAGUCCUAUACUCUUUGGGUGGAAAUUAAGAAUGUGGGAUAAGCUUACCCAACUACUGUUUAUAUAACGUUACAUCUUUUAAAAGUUCUAAUGUAAGGUUAAAAUCGACAUUUUAAAUAUGGACUUAACCCAAAAUGGAAAUAGGAGUAUCAAUUUGGGAGACUCAAAAGGGAAAUGACCUUGGGAUGGAGUUUGAUAAAUUUCCUUGUAUUGUAUAGUUAUAUUGAAAUAGAAUAAAAUGCAUGUAUGAUAAGGUAAAGUAAAAAAAACAUUUAUAUCUGUUCCUAUGAGAAAUACGAACUUAAGAUCACACAAAAAUC